GUUUAUUUUUCCUCCUCAAGAAAACGCCGUGACAGUGAAGGAGAAAACAUUUUUGAAUGAGCGAAUAGCCAUGGUGGGUUUGAGCGUAGUUUUGGAGAAUCAAAAAAAUGGUUCUAUUAUUAGUACCAGAAAACCUACUCAAAUCAUCAACAAAACCACCAUGCUUGAUUCACCGUCUGUUUGUAGAAAUUCCUCUGUCAAGAAUUUCCCUGUCCAGGCAGCUUUUCUUGAGUAUUGCUUUCUCUGUCGCCAGAAGCUUUUACCCGGAAAAGACAUCUACAUGUACAAAGGGGACAGGGCGUUCUGUAGCGUGGAGUGCAGGUGCAGGCAAAUUUUCAUGGACGAGGAAGAGAGCAUAAAGAAAGAGAACUGUUCAUUUGCAGCCAUGAAUCCACCACAAACGACGGCGGAGUCAGCAUCGCCAUCAACCUCUUCAUCGUCCUCUUCCGGUUCUCGUAACCGCAGAGCUGAAAGAAACCGAGGGGUUGGUUUUGCUUGCUAGGAAAGAGGAGGAACGAAAAAAAUGUAUUCUCUUUGUUAAAAAUUGUUUUUUUUUUUUCCUUUCAGUUUUACCCUUGGAAGACCUUAUAAUUACAUUGGUGUCCUCCGUCGUUUUGCUUCCUUGGAUGAAGGCAGGAAAGGGACAUUAGUGUGAGACCCUGCGGGUGUUCGGUUUGCUGUUUUCCCAUACCCAGGAGCAUUGUUUUUUUUGUGUGUGGAAAUUUUGUCACUUUAGGAAGGGUAUUUCUGGUACUUUAUUUUAAUAUUUUUAAUUUUCCAAAAAAAAAAAAGAUUAAUUCCCAAAUUUCAAUUUCAUGAGAGUUAGUAUCAUUUUUCUUGGGACGUACAACGCAAGACGACAACGAGUGAUUUAGCUGGACUUUUUGAACACAGGUUUUCUAAUGUACUGCUACAAUAAAAAUUGAGGUACGGA